AUGACCAUAGAGCCAUUCUGGGAAGUUGAGGGCAGCGCGGAAAAGUGGCAUGCCUUGCACUUCGUCCCCAUGUCCUAUCCAGAAGCUGUCCAUCAAGGCCUUUCAGGCUCACGUCCAUCUACAAGUCAUCAUAUUCCACCCCAUCUCAAUGGCCAUAAACGACGAGCAACUCUCGAGUACCCGAAUGGCGAUCUCUUACCCCUAAGCGAUCGCAAUGCCUGGUAUUACCCAACUCCCGGACACCUCUCUGAUGAGGAGGAAUCUGGUGUCGGAUUAACAGAAGGGAACUGGGGCCAGAAGCACACAAAGGCUGCACGCUGGGCCCGUAGAGGCAAAAUCACCGUUUGGGGCCCCGAAAUGGAGGAUUGGGAGGCAGAGGAGCGUGCUCGGAAGAGGAUCAAAAUGCUGCUUCCGCAAGAGCGCCGGUCUCCUUCUCCCCCUACCCUACCUCAUCUAGCUCGGUCGCCAUCACCCCCUCUCGUCUCCCCCUAUCCGCCUCCAGUCUCACAACACAUGAGCUACACAUCGUUCGUCAUGGACAAAUCCGUCACGCAUACAUUUCGUUCAACCCUCUUAGACGAACUAGAGCAAUCGACCAACGGCCUUGUUGAGGGCGAAGCAACUCUGAAGCAGGCUUUGGGGAGGCUUUGGCAAGUCAUGAGCGAAUACUCAGAGAAAAAGAAAGAAAUCGCGUCCGUGGUGCCAAAACGCGAGGACGAUGAUGCAGAGCCAGACGAACUGGAUGAUCGGGCACGGCGGGUGGCUCGAGCGCCUGACCUCACGCCGUGCGCCCACAAGAUCUUCCUAUCCUACCCUUCCGGCGGGCCUCCUAAUCAUGAUCCCUCGCACUUCGCGACUCCGGAAACGCAACUGACCACAUUGGAGAAGAACUUGGCAAUGUUGCGGGAAUUGCAAGACGACGGGCGCGAAUACGUCGAGCGAUUGCAAGAAAUUAGGGAUGGAUUAGGCGACGUAAGGGCCCAAAGGAACAUUAUAUGGAACUUGGUACGCGAAAGGGCUGUGAAAGAAUUGCAGGAGGCGGCGCAUGCGACGGUCAGAGAGACGUGA